AUGGCUUAUGACGGUAGUUUUCAAGAUGGUUUGAAUGUGACUCAUGAUAAUCUGGAUCAAACCACUGCUUCGGUGGCUGCGGUCGUCGAUGGUGACAUUUCUCGGGAAGAAUCGUAUAAUUUGAUUGAUUUGAUGUCCCAGCCCACCACAGAACAGAGCUGUAAUUCACAACCCAUGAACGUUUCUACCUAUGUGUCAAAGUCUUUCGUUGAAGACCUUGCCGGCCUUCAGACGGAUGUAAUUGAUGCUCCUGAUUUACCAGGUUUGAGUUGUUAUUCAGCCUUUUAUCUCCUAGUGUUCAGCAAGAAAGCCCCAAUAGAGCGGACUUCAUUAUUGCCUUCACAUAGCAGAAUUCCCAAAGGACCCAGCAGGAAUGCAGGGAAUCGCUUUAUAGAGGCUAUUCAUAAUCGAUCGUCCACACCAGAAAGCAUUGCGUCAGAAAUGGACCCAUAUACCCAGUGGUACCAAGUAAUGCAAAAUUACUACAGGCAGUUUUAUCCUGGCUACGACUUUGGGAAUUCGGCUCCACAACAAUAUCGACAGCACGCGCAGCACCAUCUGCGUCACCUUCCCAAAAGCGUGGUGCCUUUGAUCCAGUCCACGUCCCAGUCUGGUCAUCAGCAACAGCAGCCUUUUGCUUUCCCGGGAUUUCCCCCUUGGCCUGCAAUGCCCCAUUCACAGAACCAGAAGAAUCUCCCACACUUUGUCGAUUAUGCCACAUACUAUUACCAGUACUAUCUUGGCGCUAUGGCUGCCGCAAACGGUUGGCCAAUCCCUAUGGGUCGCACUACUCCAAAAGUUUUUAUCGAACCACACAUACGGGCCACUCUUUCCACACCAGGAAUGCUAAUUCAGAUCCUUCCGAACCGUCCCCGAGAUGGUGAACCUGGUCGUGUUGAGAUUUUGGAUAUCAGUCAGCUGGCGUCUGACGUGGUGGCUGAGGUCGGUUCGCGUCUGACUCAGGUCUCACUAUAUUCCAGAAAAAUGCAUCACGGCGGCGUCAUCUUUCCCAACUCCUACCAGGGAUCUAGUGAAGGACCUGCUUCCACUUUACCCGACAAUGGGGAUGUGGAAGAUGAUGAGGUGGAGGAGGAAUAUAUGCGUUUAGUGAAUGCGUGGGACCGCACUGAUCACGUCCUCUAUCCUGGUCCGCUGUGUCAGGACACUACUCUGAAGCAUGACGUUCAGGCUUUUUUGAGGGGCAAGGUUGAAGACAUUCAAGACCGAAUGCCUGUGGACUGGGACUCUGCCAGCCUCCUCCUUGCUUAUUUGGAAUUGCUUGUGAAGAAUAAUGGGGUUGUACACCAUGGCGAUGUGGUAAAUCUACUUCUGGGCAGCGAGGGUUCAAGGACAUACGACUAUUCUGCAAGCGCUAUUACACCAUCAGUCUCUCCUUUUCCUGUUGGUCGGGUAUCUACUCUCCCUAAGCUGAGUCGUCAUGGCUCUUUUCAACUCUACUCAACUGACGGUGCCGGCCGUGGUGUUAUGAAUGAGUCAUCGGGACGUGAGUCGCCGUGUCUCCUUACCCAUGCUUCUUCAACGAUGGGCUUCUCGCAGCUACAGCAACAACAACAGAGGAGCGCCUCUGCUUCGUCAACGGGCGGUGCUUCAAUGUCUAGGCUAUUGAGAAAGGGAUUGUUGGCUGAUAUGGGUGGGGCCCAAGAACGCGAGGCAACUGCUCUUCGAAGAUUCAGAGAGCUGUUGAUGCACGGUCACCCGCUAAAGGCAUUGGAUCAGGCAUGCCAACAGCAGCUGUGGGGUCACGCCUUCGCCCUGGCCCAUCGUCUUGGUCCACUACCUCUGGAGCGGGUAAUGGAGAAAUUCCUUUCUCGCGCUGUACAUCCCCACGAUCCUCUCCUCACUCUUUAUCAACUCACUGCUGGUGAAAUCCCUCGCUCUGUUGAUCAACUUGCAUACGCUGGCGGGACAGACACGGGCGACUGGCGUCCGCAUCUGGCAAUGCUCUUGUCCGCCCCCGAGGGCCAUGAGGACUUGGCGCGCGAGGCGCUAGAGCGCAUGGGCGAGUCGCUACUCUCGCGACGCCUCCUUUUCGCAGCACAUCUCUGUUUCCUUCUCGCCGCCUCAUCGACUACCUCUUCUCCUCCACAUAUGCCAUCGCGGAUUUGGCUGAUUGGUGUUGCUAUGCCCAAGUUGGAGGAGGGAGACUCGCCUGUAGAUGAUGGGCGCUAUGUCAUGACUGCGAUGGUGGAGAGG